UUUUUAAAAAAAGGAGCGUAAACAGGGUGGGGUUUCAGUUCCAACAUAAAAGUAGGAUUGCAGGAUUGCGACCUGUCGGUUGCAUAGAGAACGCAGCUGCUGUCUGUGUUGAUGUCUCUCUCUCUCUCUCUCUCUGCCUUUCUACACUAAGCUGUGAUUCUAGGGUCACUGUGGUGUGACAAGAGAAAAUGCUCCUCAGCAGCUCAGACUGUGAAGGUUUCAUCUCCAGGCUAAUGUACCCAGGUUACACGGUUAGCCCCGAUGGAAAAAUGAUGUAGCUUACUCCCUGAGAGGCCUGGCUUCUGUUCUAUUCUGUUUUGCUCUGUCUGGACCGGAAACCUUCAGCCCGCCUUUAUCAUUAGUAAAUAUUGUCAAUUUCCAGUCGAGAAUUCACAGUUUUAUUAAUGUGGUUGCACUUUAUUUUGAUAGGACCCGGAUGCAGCUCGUAAAUUCAGGCUGAGGUGGGAGUUUGUGUAUACCCACGUUGCCUGUUAAAAGGUUGCUAUUAAUGGGGCUUGUCUUAAAACACCAAUAUAAAAGGGAAGAUAUUUACCUGAUCCUUCUGGUUUUAACGGAUACCUUUCGUAGAAACGAGCCAAUUGUGUCCAUUCACCGUCCAAAUGGCAUCGAUUCAACAAGUCGUAUUAAACUCUCGGCCAGGGAAGAAUGGAGAGCCAGUUGCUGAGAAUUUUAGGGUGGAGGAGAGUUACCUGCCUCAGGAUUUGCAAGAGGGGCAAGUGAAGGUUUGCACCAAAUUCCUGUCUGUGGAUCCUUACAUGCGAUGUAAGAUGAAUGAAGACACUGGUGCAGAUUACCUGCUUCCGUGGCAAGUGUCGAGUGUGGUGACUGGUGGAGGAGUGGGUCUGGUUGAAGACAGUAAACACCAGAACUUUCGCAAAUGUGACGUCGUGACUUCGUUCAGCUGGCCCUGGCAGACACGAGCUGUUGUGGAUGGGGCUGUCCUGACUAAGAUUGACCCUGAGCUCGUUGACGGGCACCUCUCCUACCUGCUGGGUGCUGUGGGAAUGCCUGGCCUCACCGCUUUGCUGGGGGUGAGAGAAAAAGGUCACGUGACACCCGGAGCCAAUCAAACGAUGGUCGUCAGCGGUGCAGCAGGAGCCUGUGGGAUGUUGGCGGGUCAGAUUGGUCGGCUCGAAGGGUGCUCCCGAGUUGUUGGGAUCUGCGGCUCUGAUGAGAAAUGUCAGCUCUUGGUCAGCGAGAUUGGUUUUGACGGAGCCAUCAACUACAAGAAGGAUAACGUGGCGGAGAAGCUCCGGGAAUACUGUCCGGCCGGAGUGGACGCUUACUUUGAUAAUGUUGGCGGGGAUAUCAGCAACGCCGUCAUAAAUCAGGUAAAGAGAGCAAAGGAUGGAGGAAUGGGGAGGCUGGGAAGUCACUUGUUGUGUUGGGUGAAGUAUUUUGUGGUCGGUCUAAUUGUGAUGUUUGCCACCUCUUGUCACCGCUCGCUUUCCCUUGUGACCUACAGAGAGAGAUUCCUGGUGCUGAAUUAUACAGAAAAGUUUGAUGUGGGCACGGUGCAGUUGAGUCGGUGGCUGAAGGAGGGUAACCUGAAGGUUCGUGAGACAGUGGUGAAAGGACUGGAAAACAUUGGAGCUGCCUUUGAGUCCAUGAUGAAAGGAGGAAACAUCGGGAAACAGAUUGUCCUGGUCUCUGAUGGGUAAUAAAAGUGUGCAGUCACCCUGAGGGAUCCAGCACCUGACAUGUUAAAGGACACCAACAACUUGUUGCAAUUGUGGUUGGCAAUGCCACGUUGGCCUGAUUUCUAAUGAAAUGGAGGUACUGACGCUUUAUCUCUGCUUUGCUUUGUCUUCGAGUUUCUCCUUGCCAGCUAUUCAAUGAUGCACUUUGGGUUAGGUACAGCCUACAUUUCUCUGGCCUGCACCAUCAUUGUGCCCUACCUGCUGUUUGCAUCAACACUGUAGAAAUCUAGUUCACACCAAAAUAAAACUCUUUUAAAUGGUUCCAUUAUUCCAUGUUGGA